AUGAGGCAGACGGUGCUGCCGCUGCUGCUCCUGCUGCUGCCGACCGUGUCGCACCCGAGCAAGGCAGAGCCUCUCCAGGAGAGGGUCCCGCUUUUCCGGCUGACUCAGCCUGGCUCCUGGGGCAGCGGCGACAACAACGCCACAAGCUCACCCUGCGAGGGGCUCCCUGCCGCCGGAGCCACGGCCUUGACCCUGGUGAACCGCAGCCUGGAGCGCCUGCCCAGUUGCCUGCCGCGCGCGCUGCGCAGCCUCGACGCCAGCCACAACCUCCUGCGCGCCCUGAGCGCCCCGGACCUCAGCCGUCUGCCGCAGCUACAGGUGCUGACGCUGCGCCACAACCGUGUCGCCGCCCUGCACUGGGGCCCCGGAGGGCCGGCGGAGCUGCACACGCUGGACCUCAGCUACAACAAGCUGGCCGCCCUGCCGCCGUGCCCCGGGCCCGCGCUGCGCGGCCUCCGCGAGCUGGAGCUCUCCGGGAACCCUCUGCAGGCGCUGCCGCCCCGGGCUUUCGCCUGCUUCCCCGCGCUGCGACUGCUCAACCUCUCUGACACCGCGCUGGGCCACGGCGCCCAAGGGGGCAUCGCCGAGGCCGCGUUCGCUGGUGUAGACGGAUCACCCCUGGCCGCGCUCGAAGUCCUGGAUCUCAGCGGCACGUUCCUCGAGCGGGUUGAGCCAGGUUGGAUCAGAGACCUGCCAAAGCUCUCGUCCCUCUACCUAAGGACAAUGCCCAGGCUGAGGACCCUGGAGGGCGACAUUUUCAAGAUGACCCCCAACCUGAAGCAGCUGGAUUGUCAAGACUCCCCAGCACUUACUUCUGUCCACACGCCCAUCUUUCAAGAUACUCCUUGUCUGCAGGUGCUUCUGUUCCAAAACUGCAACUUGAGUUCCUUCCCUCCUUGGACCCUGGCUUCUUCCCAGGUCCUAUCCAUCAACUUGUUUGGGAACCCCCUCACUUGUAGCUGUGAGUUGUCCUGGCUCCUCCUGGAUGCAGAGAGAACUGUCCUGAGCAGGGCAGCAGACACCGUGUGUACACCCGCGGCGGGAUCCAGCGGCCCCUUCUCGGCCCCAAUUUCGCUUUCCCUGCUGCCUGGUGUGUGCGAGUCGGACCAAACCACCACGGUUGGCGCUUCCAACCCACCCUCCAUGGCCCACUGGGGCUAUGCACUGCCCACACAGGGUCCCUCCAGCCCGCCGAGCACAGCGCCCUCCACCCGGCCUGCGGGAGGCAGACGGAGCGUCCCCGAGGCCACCUCCCCGCCUGCAGACUCCUUCACAAGAGCUGCGUGGCUGCCCCGCGAUGCAGAGGAGGGGACUGCCCCCUCCACUGCCAACUCCACAGCAGGGCACAGCAACUCCGGCCUCCCACCCAGGGCCGCCAGCGCAGCCGGGACUGAGCACGGAGAACAUGCUGUCAGGCUUGUCUGGGAGCCUCACAACUCAGCUGCCUCCACGCCAUUGGGGGGCAAACACCUAGGCACAGUUUCUACCUUGUGGGACGGCAUGAGUACACCCCAGCGCCACCAGAGCACGCGGACCACCACCCAGGCUCCCCACCCGAGUCAUUCCGGGAGCGAGAUUCCAAUCCUCCUGUUGGACGACUACAGUGAGGAGGAGGAGGGGACGCCCGAGGUGGGAGCGUCUCUCCGGGAUGUCCCUUGUGAUUAUCACCCCUGCAAGCACCUCCAGACACCGUGCGCGGAGCUGCAGAGGCGGUCGCGGUGCCUGUGCCCAGGCCUCAGCGGGGAGGACACCAUCCCGGAUCCCCCCAGGCUGCAGGCGGUGUCGGAGACGACUGACACGUCGGCACUUGUCCACUGGUGUGCCCCUAACUCGGUAGUGCACGGGUAUCAGAUCCACUACUUGGCGGAGGGCCAGGAGGGGAACCAGUCGGUGGUGAGGGACAUCUAUGCCACCGCCCGGCAGCACCCCCUGUACGGGCUGUCGCCGGGCACCACGUACCGCGUGUGCGUGCUGGCGGCCAACCCAGCGGGCCUGAGCCAGCUGCAGGCCUCCGGCUGGAGGAGUGCGUGCGCCGCCUUCACCACCAGGCCCAGCUUCGCGCUCGUCCUCGCCGGGCUGUGCGCCGCCUGCGGCCUGCUGCUCGUCAGCACCCUGGUGCUGUCUGCGUGUCUCUGCAGGCGGGCCCGGGCGCCACACCCGCAGCGCUACGACACGGACCUGGUGGCUUACAAAAACCCUGCCUUUGACCGCACGCUGGAGAGCCAGACCUUCCGUUAA